AUAAAAUGAUGAAACAACAAACACUACGAACAUCACAAUUCACAACCUGGUGGUUGAUUAUUUGGCAACCAAAUUCAAGUAAAAGGCUAUGGAGUUGAGAAUCCAAAUUCUUGAGUUUUUUUUUUUCCGCCAUUAAGUCACUCAAUUAAGAGGAACAAAGAGUACAAAGUUAUUGAGAACAUAGCCAACGAGUAAAGUCGAACCUCGAGAACAAGUGAGGCGACACUAAUAGGGCAUGACGAGCUAUCAAGUGAGCUGCCCUAUUUCGAUCACGUCCUACAAAUCGGAGCUGAAAACUAUCCUGAGAUCGAAGAAGAUGUCUAAUCUCAAACAAAGUCGCACAAAUUCUUGCAUCUUGAACAACCCCAUUAUUGCAAAGAUCAAUAAAGGUCUUCGCAUCUCCAAGGAACACCCCCAUUCGCCAAUGCUGUUGAGAACAUAACAUAAUUGCAUCCCGCAAAGUCAGCGCCUCAAUGAUUAAUGGAUCAGUCAGUGGUAUUCGGAUACUGCCGAGCAAAGGCCUUCAGAAUUGUCCCAUGAUCAUCCGUGACCACAACCCCAAUUGAUCCCAACGCCGAAGCAGUAGCACCAUCAAAGAAAAUCCGGUGAGCAGAUUCCAUCCCUGGAGGCCACAGAGAAACAGAAGAAACGCGAGAUGGCGGCAUGGAAGUAGGAACAGCACCAGCAGCGCAUCAGUGGAAAGAAGUGCCCCAUCCACCUCCCGAACUUGAUGAGCCCAUUGCAAAGCUAAUACCUGAGGGAACAACUGAAAAUGUUGGAAAUGCACUGUACAUCUGUUCUUCCAUAUCCGCCAAAGCAAAGAAGUUAUCUGCAGGAUCAAGUAUUUUGAAUCGCUACAAUCCCUGCAUAAGAAGAUCCCUCACCAGUCGGCCCAAUCGAAAUGGCCGAAUUUCAAAUCAGGCCGGAGAUCCAAUGUUCGUUUUCAUCACAGCCCAGCUGUCUCAUAUCGCAGCCAAGCCCACUAUAUAUUCUCUCAUGGCCCCCUCGGACUCGGACAGCAACCCGCCAGUCGCGUGAGUGGUUGUCACGCCGGCCGGCGCACCGGUUGUAUCGGGUUCAACCGGCGGUUAUAAAAUCGGCGUGACACCAUUGGUAUGACCGGCAUGAUCGAUAUACGAUCCAGUGGCGGACCUAGAAAUUUUUUAUAGGGGUGUCCUCUUUUAAAAAAUAAAUUAAAUAAAAAUAAUUAAUUAGUAAAAAUAAAAUUGUAAAUAUGAAAAUACCUUACUCGUAUAGGUUAAAAAAGUCCAUGAUGUGUUUUCAUAUUCGGAACUAAUUGUAGAAUACACUUGGUGUCUAUAGUGUUUAAAAAAAUUGUCUCUAUAUACACUACUAGACAAUCAUUCACAAACUUAUCGCAUAUUCUAUUUGUAAACUUGUUCUUGAUGUAACCCAAAGCUGAAAGACUCUUUCAACAUUUGUCGUACAAUCAUAAAAUCAAUACAAAUUAAGGGUAGUUUGAAAUUAGUUUAAUUUUUAGGUUUUUAAAAUAAUUAGAGAUAGGGAAUACCAUUUUACUAUUACACAUUGUUCAAAAUCGAACAACAAAUGAGUUUAGCUCAACGGAAAUUGAACUUAUUAAUAAUAAUAGUGUUCUAGAUUUAAAUUAUCCAACCUACCAAUUGUAUUCCUAUACACAAAUGACAGUAGGAUAAUCAUUUUUUCAAAUUUAAGAGGUGUCCCUCACUAUCAAUUAUAUUUUUUUUAUCCAUACGUAAAUUACCACCGGGGGUUGGAUAAUCGUUUCCCCAAAAUUUAGGGGUGUCCGGGGACACCCCUAAACCUCCCUGGGUCCACCCCUGAUACGAACUCUAAGUAAAAUGACUUUAUUUUAGAGAAUUUAAUUAAUAAAAUUUAUUUUAUUAUUUAUUUUAUGAGUAUAAAAGUUAAAUAUUGAU